GCGGGCUCCGCGGCGGCUGCCCCCUCAGCCCCGCCGUGCCUGACAGUUGUCGCCGGGCGUGUCGCGGGGAAGAGGCCUCGCCCGCCCCGGCCCCGGCCCGCGGGGCUGAGGGGUGCGACACCGGGCCCCGCCUCGCGUCGGGCGGGGAGCUGAGUCCCCUCACGUCGCGCGUGGGCGGGUGGGCCGCGCCGCGCCGUGCCGUGCGGUAGCGGCGCGCCCGUGUGUGCCGCCCGUGUCCCGCCGGCGUCCGGCGGUGGUCGGAGGCAGCGGGUGUCGCCCGCUUCCCCGCCGCCCGCCGGACCUCGGCCCCAUCCCACGCACGGCUGUGCCCGCGGUCCUGGAGAAAGCGCUUUCCUUCCCCCGCCGCAUUCAGCCGCGGGUGCCCGCCCUGCCCGGGAAGGGGGGCGUGUGUGGAGGGGUUGGGCUCCCCGGGCCGAGCUGGCGGGUGACAGCGCUCUGCCGUGCCUCGCCCGAGGUGCGAGGGGUUCGCGCUCCCCCUGCGCUCCCCAGUGUUUGGUUAGGUGCGAGCGCAGGACGGAUACUCAUCCUUCCUCCUCUGUGAUCCCCAGAGCUUCAGCCGUGUUUCUUUCUCCUCGGGCAGCCACGUUUUCCUGAGUGUGUUAAGGAGAUUUCCUCCUUUCCUUCUUUUUUUUUUUUGUUUGUUUGUUUGUUUUUGUUUUGUUCCUUCUACAUUUCCCCAAAGAUACCCGUCGCAGGAAGGAAGGAGACCCCAUUCACUCUGAAAGCAAGUUUCUGAGUGAGAUUUUCAUGUAACUGGCUGAAAGAUGGUUCCACAAGAUGACAGCAUCAACUCUAACACUGUUAAAAUGGAGACUAUCUUCACUUUGACAUGAUGUGUGAAGUUUGUUAGUCAGCAUUUUUUGUUUGUUUUUUACAGUUAUUGUGAAAGAGAGUCAGGAGCUGCUCCGUAGAGUUGAAUGAGAUUCUGACUCCUUGAGAAGUUCUCUAGCAAGGUUACAAAUGGUGUGGGUUUUUAUCAUGAAUCGAAUGAGCUCCCAGAGCAGUUCAUCCACUCAGCGUAGGCGAAUGGCUUUAGGAAUUGUCAUUCUUCUCCUUGUUGACGUGAUAUGGGUUGCCUCUUCAGAACUCACUUCUUAUGUUUUUACAAAGUACAACAAACCUUUUUUCAGUACGUUUGCAAAAACAUCCAUGUUUGUUCUAUACCUCUUGGGAUUUAUUGUUUGGAAACCAUGGAGGCAACAGUGUACUCGUGGGUUUCGUGGAAGGCAUGCAGCUUUUUUUGCAGAUGCUGAAGGUUAUUUUGCUGCUUGUACAACAGAUAACACUGUAAACUGUUCUCUGAGUGAACCUUUAUAUGUUCCUGUAAAGUUUCAUGAUUUGCCAACUGAAAAAAAUGGCAGUAAUAAUAGUGAUGCAGAGAAAACUCCCAAAAAGCCUCGUGUAAGGUUCAGUAAUAUUAUGGAGAUUCGACAACUCCCAUCGAGCCAUGCGUUAGAAGCAAAGUUGUCUCGCAUGUCAUAUCCAACGGUUAAGGAGCAGGAAUCAAUAUUAAAAACUGUAGGAAAACUCACUGCAACUCAAGUAGCAAAAAUUAGCUUUUUCUUUUGCUUUGUGUGGUUCUUGGCAAAUUUCUCUUACCAAGAAGCUCUGUCAGAUACUCAAGUUGCUAUAGUUAAUAUCUUGUCAUCAACCUCGGGGCUUUUUACUUUAAUCUUAGCUGCAGUCUUUCCCAGUAACAGUGGAGAUAGGUUUACCCUGUCGAAAUUACUAGCUGUUAUUUUAAGCAUUGGUGGUGUGGUACUUGUUAACCUUUCUGGAUCUGAGAAAUCUUCUGGAAAAGAUACAAUAGGUUCCCUUUGGUCUCUUGUAGGAGCAAUGCUGUAUGCUGUGUACAUAGUAAUGAUAAAAAGGAAAGUAGAUAGAGAAGAUAAACUUGACAUACCAAUGUUCUUUGGUUUUGUAGGGCUGUUUAAUCUGUUGCUGCUGUGGCCAGGGUUUUUCCUGCUUCACUAUACCGGGUUUGAAGCAUUUGAGUUUCCCAAUAAACUGAUAUGGAUGUGCAUUGUCAUUAAUGGCCUUAUUGGAACAGUUCUGUCAGAGUUCCUCUGGCUGUGGGGCUGCUUUCUUACCUCAUCACUGAUAGGCACACUUGCGCUAAGCCUUACAAUACCUCUGUCCAUAAUAGCUGACAUGUGCAUGCAAAAGGUGCAGUUUUCUUGGCUAUUUUUUGCAGGGGCAGUACCUGUAUUUUUUUCUUUUUUCAUUGCAACUCUUUUAUGUCACUAUAACAACUGGGAUCCAGUGAUGGUGGGAAUCAGAAGAGUUUUUGCCUUUAUUUGUAGAAAACAUCGAAUUCAGAGAAUGCCGGAAGAAAGUGAGCAGUGUGAAAGUCUCAUUCCUAUGCAUAGUGUUUCACAAGAUGGAGACAGUUGCUGUUCAUAGACAGAAGUUUAACAAUGGAAUGAUGCCCAGCGAAGAGACAAUCUUGUGGAAAAGUCCCUAAGGAAUCAUGUGCCUAUUCUGAAUUUGUAGUAAAAAUAAGAAGUUUCAGUUCUUUUGAAACUCUAAACUUUUCCUCUUUCUUGAUUUCAUCUGGUUUUAUAAAUGAACAAAUUUGCUACAUGCCUAUCACCAUAGGGAGUCUUAGUCCAUCUGAGCAACCACCCUGCCUUAUAACACUGAGCUGGUGAAGUUACUUGACAAAAUCAAGAAAACAAAUGCUGUUAAGUGAUUUCUUUCUUUUUGUAACUCACGAUUUUGUUAAAUGCUGGACAAUAUUAUUUUUAAAAAAUACUUUCAAAUGAGUUAUGUAAAUAAGUUUGCAGGUUGUCAAGUCUCACAGGCUUUCAGAUGAAAACUUAAAUAGGUAUGUUACCUGUAGUAGGUACAAAUUAACUUUUUUAUGUUGUAUAAACUAUUUGCAUAUUAAUAGAAGAAAAUAGAAAAAUAAUUUAUUAAGUACAUACUUGUAAUUAUUGAGGCAGGAUCUUUGUAUGGUCCUGGAACACCACAUACAUAUUGUCUUAUACCAUUUUGAGAAGCCUUGUAAUAGCAAUGGGUGCCAUUGUUUAAAAAUCUUUUGUUACCUAACAAUCUGGGAUGUUUAAAAUUUUAGUGAAUGAUAAAAUAUUGCUAAUUACAGUACAUUUGGGUGUACAUUCUCAAAAUCAGUAUUCAUUUUAAACAGACUGAUUCUGUAACCCAUUCUUAUUCCCAGUUACCUCACAUGGAAAACUAAAUUUGAAAAUUUUCACAUGUAUAGCUGCCAAGUUAUCAAGGAGAUCAGAUUAGUUGUGAAAGUUUUCAGUCAGUAGGUUGGCAGUACAGUAACCUGCUAAACAAUCUGAAAGAUGUGUUAAUAAAUUUGUUCUAAAACUUGUAAUUUUCCUUAUAACCUGUAUCUUCCUUCCACUGCAAUGCUGCUAUCCUAUUUGAUUCUGAAAAUUUAUGCAUAGUUAUUUAGUCAGUGCCAUUUUCCAACUUCUGGCUUGUAAGACACUUAUAUUAAAGUUAAUUUUGGGUUUUGAUGGAUUUUUUUUUUUUUACAAUGAAUGUGGGAUGGAUUUUCAGCUAACAGUAUUCUCUUCCACAUAACAAGAUUAUUAAUAAUGUAAGGUACUUCUACUGUCCUUCCACACAAAUACAGAAGGAUGACAUACUACAGAUGCCUUUUGAUGUUUUGACAUAAGUAAUGAUCCUUCCAAAAGAAAUUUUGGUGUUUGGUGAUACGACUAGAUGAGAGGGAAUGCUGGAAAGCAACAUGCUGAGCUAUACAUUCAGAAGAAUUGAUUAGCCAGCAGCUAGAAUUGAAUGUAAAAAUCUCUAAGUGGAGAAGGAAGAAAAAAAUUAAUCUGGGGGCUAUUCUGGUCAAAUAUUGCACCUUUUUUUGCAAAAUUUUGCAGAAUUUUCCUUCCAGUUUUUAAUAUUGGACUACACUACAAGUUUCAGUGAUCCGAGGCAUCUCUUUAAGAUGAGAUAGUAAGUCCUUCUUUGGAUACCUGAAAUAGGAAUUAAAAAAACUGCACAACACUACAAAAACACAAGCCCAAACCAAACAAUUACUAUGCUUAUGUAGGCAUUUUGAGAAACUUCACAUUUCGGUUCCCAAACCCCUCAAGCAGAGGGGUUGAAGAUGCAGGGUGUAGAACUAACUUUACGUUUGACUUUGGUAGAAUUUUCAAGGAUUUUUGGUGAAUGAAAUUUUCUUAGUUGCUGUGGGUUUUUUUUUUUGUUUUUACUUUUUUUUUUUUAAAAGGAUUGUUUCUCCUUCUAAAUUACAACAAAUUAGAGGAUCUUAGCUUCAACUUUUUUCCAAGAAGUAAAGACCUACUCACAAUAAAAAGCUAAUUGAUUAGCUAAUACAGUUUGACAGAUUGAAAAAUCUGUUUUCAAUGAAUGAUGUGUUUCAAUGACAUCAUACUGAAUAUAUAGUACCAGAGAUUAACUACACAUUUGAAUCAGUUGGGACUUGUGGCAUCAGCAGUCUAAGCUUGGGAAAACUGAGUUUGCUUUUGGAUGGGCAAUUACAGUAUUUUUAGCAAAAUAAUACUGUCUUUUGAAUUUGGUCAUACUAAUAGAAUUGGAGCUGUAAUGAAUAAUGGGCAAUUGCUAUUCAUUUUUGUCCUUAUGUUCACAGCUUAAAGUGAAAGAUGAUCGUAGUCUCCCAUGUAUGUGGCUACUGAUAACCUGCAUUACUCAUCAGUUUGAGAGGUUAACAAGAUAAGUACUAACAGAAUAUUGUUCUGUCUCUGACCUCAGGAGUGCUGAAGAUGUUACUCAAAGUUAGGGUCUUCCCACUGUUUUUGUCUUUAACAAAAAUAUGUUAUUUUUCUUUUAAAAGAUAUUAAAUACUUUAAUCUGAUGAUACUAGGUAGCUUGAGCAGUCUUUCUGCAUUACGUUAUAGUUCUUUAAAGAGUAAGAAACAGCAAACUGUCCUUCCUGAAAAGAUUUUUAAACAGUGGUGCCCUGUAGUUACAAGAAAUGUGUUUUAAUUACGGAAGCUAUACCAUGUAACAUUGUUCCUGCAUUUAAUAGAGUGAUGAGUUUGUUUUCUAUAAAAUCUUGUGAUUUUUAGUACAAUAAUAUUUUAUAAAUAUAACAUCUAAUUUGAAAUGUAAAUUGCUUAGCUCUAAUGGGUGCUUGGUAAAUGCACAAGAGAUUUAGCUUUGAUUCUCAGGUACCUCUGACGUAAUGGAGACAUGCUGGGUUUUUCUUCCUCAUGACACAACUGGAAUGUGAAGGAGCUCUCUCAUAAAUGCUUUACCUCUGUGUGCUAGCAUAAAUUGCUCUUACUGUUUCAAUUUGGGAAUGUCUUUAUUCUGACUUAUUUCUUGUAGGAAGCACAUACACUUUAAAAAAAAUAAUGAAUUUUUAUCUCAAGCAUUUCUUUGAAUGUCAUUAGAUGUUUAAGUAACAGUGAUUUCCCAUGCCUGCAAAAUGGCAAAUGAAUACUACAUGUGUUGCUCUGUCACAGUUGAACUAAUUCCUAUAAUCCAAUGAGACAACCAACAAUUUCUUCUGUGUGUGUGAUUGAGGUUUUGGAGCUGUUUGGGUUUUUGUAUAUGGAAGAAAUGAUGUUAAUUUGCCAAAUGCCACAUAGCAUGCCUUUGCUUCUAGGGCCUUGGUGAGUCUUGCACAGUUUGAUGUACUGUGUACUACAUUCCAGAACAAGGGGAGAAAAGGAGUUCAGUUUUUCUGGUGGCUUUGUGUUCGGUUUCAGUCAUGUUGAAAAUGUGUUCGCUAAGAGGGGCUGCUGUAGAUGUGAUACUAAUUCAGGAAAGGACUGACAUCAGUACUCAACGUUACUUUCAAAGUAUGGGGCACAUAAAUAUGACUGAAGACAAUGAGGGCCCGAUGUUUCUGUUGCCUAGUGUGCACUGUCUCUUGCUUGUUGGCUUUUUGCCUGUGGAAAUCUAUGUAAGAUGGUGGGGGCUGUAAUAUGUGACUGGUCUGGCUUGUCGUGGAGUUGGACUUGAGUGGACUGCACCCUGGAAUUCAGAAGUGGGGAGACUAAGGCACUGCCUGGUUAUUUCACUGUGGUGUGGCAAAUGCUAAAGUAUUUUAAGUAUUUUGCAGAAAUAUGGUGUUAAGCAGGGGUAUUCUUCGAAUGACAAACCAUGGUGCUGCAUGUGAUACUUGACGGGGUAUGCGGGUAUAUGCGUUGCAUACCUCCUUGUAACGUACUAGCAAAAAUAAGAGAGCCUGCAAAUUACUUUUCUUGGUGUGAGCUGUUGUAAUCCUCAUGCUCUUCCACAAUACUCAUUGUGCCUAGGUACUGCUAUUCACAACUAUGAUUGCUUUAAAUAAGAUGGUAAAACGGUUCUUUUGUAAUUCUUGGUUCCAUCUCUCUUUGUGUUGAAUGUUAUCAUUCCUAUUCCCUACUAAAAGGGAGAUUUCCCUACUUAGGGGAAUUAAGUUACUGAGCUAAGCUAUCAGAGGAGGGGGAAAUCCAGUUAAAUUUUAGACACAGGGUGCGUUUAUGGACACACUUUCAAAUUACACAUGAAAAUAGGCCUCAGUAAGGCAGUGUGUUUGUAUGUUUGUAAAUGAAGUUCAGAAGUAGCAUACUCAAAAAUCAAGAAACGGGAACUAAUGUUAAUUAUCACAGUGUUGAGUUAUAUGGCUAACUGUAGCAUGGUACUUUUAACCAGUUUUAUUUGGCCUAAGUUUUCAAUCAAUUACCAUUUCUGCUAUGGCUGUCAUAUAUAGUGUCUGCAAUUGAAGUUGUAACUGCAGUAGCAUGUAAGUGUUGGCUCAAAAACAAUUGUUAUGCAUGUGGUUUUGUUGGAGUUUUUGUUUUCUUUUUUUCUAUCUAAUCCAGGAUUGCAUUAAUGCUGUAUUUUGUUUUACAUGGUUAUUGCAGGGCAUGAUUUCUCAGGGAAAUACAGAUGAUACCAUGCAUUGUGAGAGCUGAUAACUAAUUCCAGCUUUUAAAAUCAUUACAAACAUUUUCAGGUUUUGUUCAGACAUUUCAUAUCAUGUAAUUUCAUGUUGAACCUCCUUAGGCUUAUUAGGUAAAUCAUGUUGAGAAUGUUAAGAGCAUUUAAAGGUGUCAAUAACAUACACUCUGCCCAACGCUUUGUUACUUUUUGGACAAGCAUCCAUUCUAAGCUGAUGCUACUAUUUUUGUAUGGUUUUCUACUUUAUUGUAUCAUGCGCCAUAUAAAUUAAUAGUUACACUGCUGAUUUGGAGGGCGCACUUAUGGCGUGACAGUGACAUUAACUUUCAGGGUUAGGCAAUGCUGUAGUAAUACAUAAUCUGAUUCUGGGGUAGAGUACUAGUAUAAAUCUUCUAACUUAACUAUAUUAAUUUAUAUCAUUAAAUUUCUACAAAGUCUGUUCACCUUGGGGAUUUUUGUUUGUUUUUCCAGUAAAGUUGCUUUGGCUAGACUGGGAUUUGAUCCAAAGCCCAUGAGAGUCAUAGACAGCAUUAAUGAAGUAAAACUUUAUGGAAAAGAAACUCCGCAGUCAGGUUGAUGUUUAUGUCUUUGCAGUAUUUCUGUCUGCAGCAUAUAUUUGGAGUGGUUUGCUUUAAGACUUCAGUAAUAAAAAUUCGAGGGAUUUUAGUGCUGGUAAAAGUGGUAAAGGUACUACUGUAACGGGUCACAAAAAAUACUUUCCUAUAGCCAGCAUGCAGCUUUAUUAUUUAGAAGGUGAAUUUGUCUUGCUACUUGACUUUUCUUUAAAAUCAGCAGUAUGAGAAAUGUUAACCACUCCACUUAGUUGUAUACUUGGGGAGAAUUCUUUCUCAAUAGUGAGAAUAUGUGAUCAUAGCCAUCAGCCUUGAAGAUCAGCUUCCUCUUAAUGAUUUCUGAUUUGACAUUUCCAUUUCCAUUUCCAUUCACUUUGCAAAGAAUGCAACAGGGCGUUUCCUCUCUAGGAAAGGCUACUGUGAUUGUGUUUUGACUACCCUAAUUCUCUGUAUUGUUAGAAAUCUAAUAUAAAACAUAAAUCUAACAUAUAAAUGUGACUCUGCUUAGUUAUCUGUGUUCUCUCCUCUGAGGUAAAGUAUUACAUCUUGGUAUUAGAAGGUAACCAGACUAUUUCUGGAAUGCCUACCAUGAUGUGGAACGGAUCCAGGAUUUCAUCUGGUUUUCACUUCUUUCUUUUAAAAAGUAUAAAAGGCUUUCCUCCGAGCAUUUUUGUAGAAAGCUGCUGUUUUAGUUCUGCAAGUGCAGAGUUCUUCAACUGCAUCUAAAGUUGUAUCCAACAUUCUUUUUUUAAUGAGCUUUUGACUGUUUUGUUAGGGAAAGUGCACAAAUCUUGUAGAUGUUUCACAGAAGAAAUAUGACUGGAUACUGGAGUGGCCUCAGAAACAAUAGUUCAGGGAUUUUUCUAUAGCUGUUCACAUACAUCUGUGAAGUUUUCCCAUAGUUUAAAAAAACCCAAACAAAACCAAACAGAAAACCACACUCAUCAAGCUGAGAGGGAUUAGCCAUUUAGAAUAGAACUAAUUUUAUAAUAUGCAAAUUACUCUGCUUUCAUUAGAGAUAUCCUUCAAUAUAUUACUGCUGUUGCCAGCCCACAAGUCUUUUCUUCCUUGUCUGUGUUACAGGUGAUACUCCUACCUAAAUCUGGCCUUUUGCAUGCCAAUUAAACAAGUUCCUCUACCAGGAUGAGUAAUUUCUAAAAUAUUUUUAGCCUCUCCUUUUUUCUCCAGCUAGGGGAACAGCAGGGGCUUUCCAGUCAAACAGUAUCCCUUUCCUAUUGAAGAAAUAAAAAAAAAACAACUUUAGAACUUGAGAAAUAAUUUUUGAUCUUAAUUGAAAAAAAUCUUACUGGGCAUUGUAUGGGGGAUUAGCUGUAAAAUCAUAGGGGUAAUUUCUUAUGUAGCCCAACUACGUCUAAGAGGUGCUUAGGCAAUGGUGUAUUGGAUAAAUUUCUAGUUGAUCUUGAUUUAAUACAGAAAAUAGGUGUUUUAAUUAAUCAUUUCACAUUGAAGAUGAAUGCUGAAAUUAAGGCCUGUGAUUGUUUUAAAAAAAUGGGAAAAAUUAUGUUUGGAGAGUGUACAUACUAAGGAGUUUCUUCUCUGUAUUUUGGGGGUUUUAGUUUUUGUGAUGUUUUGGUUUUGGGUUUUUUGGGGUUUUUUAAGUGUUAAAAGUCCCACAUACAGUCCAGUUACAAAUGGAUGCUCUAUUAAUUGAAAAUAAUGAGGGGCUGUUUACACAAAGCUAUAGUGAAAGCUUAGCCAGUUGCUCAAGUUGACAUUCCCUGAAUGGAAUUAGAGAAAUGUAUUGAGUAUGCGAUACAACUUCAGGAUUGUACAUCUGAAGGGUCCUUGUAACGAUUUAAAAUCUGUGUAAGUUCUUUUUGGAGUGGGUAUUAGUAAAACAAAAUAGCUGAUGAACCUUUUUCUUAGUUGCUUAUACAGAUUGAUUUGUGAAAUGUCUAAAGCUUGGGUGUGUUAAAAGAUGCACAAAACCAAUAGUAGUUUGUAUGGUCUUUUUGACAUUACAUUUUGUACUAAGUUUCAGUGACUUCUGAAUAACACUUUUCAAGCGGAGGCUUCUUAAACUGAAGAAAACUUGUGUUUGCGUGAAGUCCGUAUGAUUUACUGAUAAUUCAGAUGUUCUGAGAGCACACUAGUUCCAGGUAUAUAUCCUCUAUGAAACAUCUUUAUGCAUAAUCUUUUAACCAUUUUCUUUAGUGAGACCAGAACAUGAAUUGCUGAUGUGUAUUGAAUUUGCACUUAAAUACCCAAAUUUAAAGUGUGUUAAACCUUGAUCUAUUUUUGAUAAAAAAGAAAUGUAGCAUUUUUAUCUAAUUGCAUUUAAUGGUAAAUAUGUUCUUGCAGAAAAAAACAUAUAAUUAUGGCUUGAUGCAGUGAUUUUAAGCCAAGAAAACCGCAGGAUGGCAGUAGUAAAUCUGAAAUGAAGACGCAUGUCUCCUCAGAAACUCUGGCUUCUGGUUUCUUCCUUCCCUCUUUGUACCAAAUUGUUGGCUCCAUUAUUGCAGAAUUGUAAAGGUGAAGCAAGGACCAGAACUUUUACCCUUUGUUUUUUAAAAGCAAACAUUGGCUUUUGCCUGGAGCGUCUUUGUCCUGUCUGUUUGUUUUCUGGGUGGGGUGUGUCACUUAAAUGAGAAAUACAGAAUAAAGUAUUUUUAAUUAAAAUCAGAUUUAAGCUAUUAUUUUGAAAUGGUCUAUAUUAAAAGAGAUCUAAUGAAUGGAAAUUAAAGGCCUAUAUUGCAAAUAUUGAACAGUACCUAUAUAUUUUUAACAAAAUCAGUAUAUAUAUGGAUAUUUGAAAUGCAUAAAGGUGAAAAUUGGAAGAUUGUUCUUGUGUUGAUAGGUUUAUAAAUUGAUUCUUAAUAUCCAAUACCAAAACCCUAUAAAAGGGCUGAUGAAAAGAAAAUGUAAUGUAUUCUGAUGAACAGCCUGUGUAAUACAAUCAAUGGGUGUGAUGGUUUUGUUCUGUAUUAUAUUUAUUAUAUGUAAGUAAACAAUAAAGAUUAUAAAUCUUA